AUGCAUUACUACUUGAAAACAGUGAAGAAAAACUACAGCAGCCUUCCAGAGCCUCUCAAAUGCACAGGAAGCAUGGACACCCGGGAACUGCGCUUCUCUCGUGCAAUGGCCUUUGCCAUCGACGAGAUCAACAACAGCUCAGAUCUUCUGCCGGGGGUCGUGCUUGGUUAUAAAAUCCAUGAUUCGUGCUCCUCACCACCCAUGGCCGUGCAGUCGGCGUUCCAGUUUACAAAUGACCCUCUGUCUAUAUUGUUUUCACUCAUUUUUUCAUCUACGCAGGUCCUUGAUCAGUUAAAAAGGGUGAAUUUCUCUCGUAAUGGUUACCACGUCUCAUUUGAUGCCAAUGGUGACCCUGUUGCCUUCUAUGAGCUGAUUAACUGGAAGGGAAAUGAGAACGGUGGUCUGGAGUUUGUGACCGUGGGACAUUAUGAUGAGUCCCUUUCUCCUGGCCAGAAGUUCAAUAUCGAAAGGGAAAUCAGUUGGGCAGAUGGUGGCAUACAGGUGCCUGUGUCCGUGUGCAGUGACAGCUGUCCACCGGGAACACGCAAGGUUCUCCAGAAGGGAAAGCCGGUUUGCUGCUAUGACUGUGUACCAUGUGCUGAAGGAGAGACAAGUAAUACAACCGGUACAACCAAUGUUCUUAAUCCUAAUUCUAAACGAAAUGAUGAGUUACAAAAUAUUAUAAUAAUAGUGAAUAUAUAUCUUUCCCCAGAUUCAUCUGACUGUUCCCUUUGUCCCAAGGAGUUCUGGCCCAAUGCAGAGAAGACCAUCUGUGUUCCCAAGCUUGUUGAGUUUCUUUCCUUUCAUGAGGUAUUGGGAAUUAUUUUGGCAGCAUUCUCCAUAGCAGGAGCCUGUUUGACCAUCAUUACAGCCAUAGUGUUAUUCAAGCACAGAUUUACCCCUGUAGUUAAAGCUAACAACUCUGAGCUGAGCUUCCUGCUGCUCUUCUCCUUGACUCUGUGUUUCCUGUGUUCUCUGACCUUCAUCGGCCGUCCCUCAGACUGGUCCUGUAUGCUUCGCCACACAGCUUUUGGGAUCACCUUUGUCCUCUGUAUCUCUUGUGUUCUUGGCAAGACUAUAGUAGUGUUGAUGGCAUUCAAAGCUACAAUACCAGGUAGCAAUGUAGUAAAAUGGUUUGGCUCUAAACAACAGAGAAUGACUGUAGUAUCUUUUACAUUUGUUCAAGUUCUGAUAUGCAUUAUUUGGUUGGUACUGAAGCCUCCUUUCGCCAUUAGAAACCUGACCACCUACAAUGAGAAAAUCAUUCUAGAAUGUGCAUUAGGCUCAGCAUUAGGUUUCUGGGCUGUGCUUGGGUACAUCGGGCUCCUUGCUGUAUUUUGUUUUGUGUUAGCUGUUUUAGCCCGAAAACUACCUGACCAUUUUAAUGAAGCUAAGCUUAUCACAUUUAGCAUGCUUAUAUUCUGUGCUGUUUGGAUCACUUUUAUCCCAGCUUAUACCAGUUCUCCUGGGAAGUUUACUGUGGCUGUAGAGGUUUUUGCAAUAUUGGCCUCUAGUUUUGGAUUAAUUUUCUGUAUAUUCUUUCCAAAGUGUUUUAUUAUUUUAUUCAGGCCAGAGAAAAACACCAAGAAACAUUUAAUGGGUAAACGAUAAAAUGCAUUUCUAAUUUUCUAAAUAUAAAGUAAUAAUUUAGAAAAGUCAGCAUAACUUUCAGAAUCAUACAACGUUUUUAUUUAAUGCAGGUCUUUUUGGCAUUGUGAUUCGAGGUCCGGUAGAAGACCCAA